GGGGCCUUUCACAUUCUUCACACAGCACUCAAGGAGAAGUGAGAGAUGGAGGAAGUGGAGACAACGAGUGUGACUACUUUUGACUACUUCAACCAAACACUGUCUACUGCUCCACAUUACAUUCAAAGCAGGCGGCUUCGUAGCACAUGGUUCAUCAUAAAGUCCGAGGUCCAGGCUCGCGUAGUGCACUGACAAGGGAAUAGUCGGUAUAUUGGGACGCGGCCGCAAUACAUAACGGUUCACCUCCGUUCAGACUGAUAUGCCUGAAAAACUUUGUGACUUUUUACAAAGUACUGAUUGGUUAAGUCUUUCAGUUGUUCAGUUUGUGUUCAGAGGCACAAUUUUUAAAGUAUAUUUUGAGCAAAAUGCCUGUAAGCCAUUGUCUCCUGACACGUCAGGAUUCUCGCUCUCAGUUUCGUCUCGUCUUUAAGACUGUCAGGACCUCGUCAGUUCAUUUUACUUCAUUUUAGACGACCAUAUUUGGUCUCGUAGCUUUAAAAUACGUGCUUUUUCAGAGUUACGUACUUUAUGGGAUGGCAUCGGCGGUGUUUGAGGGAACCUCCCUGGUCAACAUGUUCGUAAAAGACUGCUGGGUUAACGGCAUACGCAAGCUGAUUAUAAGCCCAAUGGCCGAGGAAGAGGAGUUCUUCGACAUACGGACUGAGUGGUCAGAUAGAAACGUCUUGUACCUCCACCGAAGUUAUGCGGAUUUGGGACGACUUUUUAAAAGACUUCUGGACUGUUUCCCGGAAGACAGACGAGACCUGUCCAAAUCACCUUUAAUAAAAGGUCUCAUGGAGAUUAAAAAGGCAAAGGACAUUGAGGUCAAGCUAAAUAAGGUGGAGAGGCUGCUGAAGAAUGCUAUCAAUAUGCCUUGGAAGUUUUCCAGGUCAGAGGUUGUCUUAACAUUCUUUGAACGUUCACCCCUGGAUCAAUUGCUACGGAAUGACAAAAUCCAGAAGAUACAGCCAUGCUUCCAGAGCCCCUACCAGAUAUCAGAGAUUAUGAGGUCAAAUGGCUUCUGCCUGGCAAACACAGAUACUACUGUAUUUGAUGAGAAUGUUCCUCAGGAUAAAGACAGACCAUCUUCUACAGACAUGGCUCACCUUUCGUAUGACAAGUGUCAGUCUGAGGAACAGGACCUCAGUGAUGAUGACACAGAAGCAUAUGUAACAAAUCUGUCCUACUACCACCUAGUACAAUUUGAGAGGGACAUCAUGGAGUGAAGGGACAUGAUGGUGAUGCUUUAAAUCUCUAUUCUAACAGUGCCAUAAGCUGUUGGAUGUCUCAUGGCUGCUUAAAGUUGGCUGAUUGACAUGGGUGGUUAGUCUAAUUUAAAGAAAAUGUUUACAUUUUUAAAAAGUUUAAAAAUGUUUCAUUGCUGUUAUUAGUCAAUGCAGAGUUUUUUCAUCUUAAGCAAAUUAAAUCUCUAAAAAUCUCUGAGCAUUGUAGUAGUGGCAGGUGAAACUGCAGAAUAUUUAUUCAGAUUAAUUAUUGAUGCAGUAGACCCCAAAUCAUAACAGACUGUGGAAACUUAACACUGGACUUCAAGAAACUUGGGCUAUGAUGCAGUAGACUCAAGUGCAUAAAAAUACUGGGAAGGUUGUUGUGUUAUGUAUGAGAGUUAUCCAUGAAAUCUCCUGGUAGUGAAAAGUGUUAAACUGUUGGCACAGUCACAAUGUACAUAUAAGAAUAUAAAUUUGUAAAACUUCCUGAUUGUUAUAUAAGGGAAAUUAAAAUCAAUUUAAUGAUUCUCAGUAUUGUUCACUGGGGACAGUUUGAAGAAGAAAGAUUUGCAAAUAAAUAUCUGAUUUAGGGCUUUAAUAAUAAACAGCCCAAAAGUGAUGAUAAACAGACAGGCAAAAUCUGUAUUAAACAAACAAAAACUCCAAAGAGAGAGAAGACAGAACAUCAAAGGACAAAAAAAAUGUGGACACAGAGAGCUAACAAAUAAAGCAUUUUAAUCCCAGCAAGAGUAAACUAUCCAUAGCAACAAUGAAACUGAGGUCUUUAUAGAAGCUAAACAAAUUAAAUGGAGUACAGGUGGGAACCUGAGUCAGUAGGCAUAUUAGUAGAGGAUCCUGGGAUUUGGGCUUUCUUGAACAACUCAGUUUAUGAAAGUCAUGAUUAAUGAUCAUGAAGUCAAAUACAGAAAAACUUUUUUAAAAUAGUGAGUAUCAAAAAUGUCAAGAAUUGAUAAGGCUAGAUGAAAGCGAUGACUACAAGGCAGAUUUUUCCUGAUAUUUGCUAGUAAUGCAAAUAGCUAAGGAGAUUAGCUUUCCUCAGUGCCACACAGGAACUUGAUUGUUAAAACCAUUUAUGACUGCUCAGCACAGGGAGCUCAAAUCUUAUAUAGUGAACCUGAAAACAAGGAACAAAAAAUAGGCAUGAAUUUAUU